AAUCUUAUGACUGUUAUUAUUUUAUAAUAAUUUUGAUUUUUUAUCACUUCUUGCCUCGAUAUUGUAAACUCUCCAGAUUUGAAUCAGGAACUCUCCUCAUUUCUUCGCUUCUCUCUUCUCUAUAUUUGUCUCUGUUCUUUUGUUUGUAAAUUGUAAGCCAGGUUGUUCUUCUUCAAAAUCUCCACUUUUUUGCAUUCCAUUUCUUUAAAGUUGAAUCCUCUUCAACUCUUUCAUGCUGCUGUUGAAAUCCAUAAGUUGCUGAGAAUUUUCACUUUCCUUGUGAUGAUGGGUCACAAGCAUUUGCACGAGUUGCUCGAGGAGAAUCAAGAGCCAUUUCUUCUGAACAAGUACAUUGCCGAUAGGCGUUGUCAACUGAACAAACCGUCACCUUUAACUCAUCUCCAGAUCAAGAAACGAAAACCCGUCUCCCGAAACUCCAACUCCCCUUCAAGUUCCUGCAAAAACGCUUGCUUUUUCUCCAGGAAGUCUCCGUUGUUCGAGUUGGCUUCCCCUGGUACAAGCCCCUGCAGAAGCCCCAACGCCAUUUUCCUUCACAUCCCAGCUAAAACGGCUGCUCUUCUCCUCGAAGCCGCUCUCAGGAUUCAAAAGCAAUCUUCAUCGAAAACCAAACACAACGGCGGCGCUAGUUUUGGGUUCUUAAGUUCCAUCCUGAAGAGGCUAACGCACCGCAAUAGAAACCGUAGGCGUGAAAUAGCUAACGACGGAGCAAAAGUUUCAGUCAAGGACAUAUUAAACAGGGAUCCAACAGUGGCCAAAAACAAUCCAAGUCGAACGAAAAUGUCUUCAUCGGAAGACAAGAGUGGUUACGGAAUGGGGUUUUCAUGUUCAUACAAUGGUAGGCCAAGCAGCGCUGUUUGGUCGGAAAGCAAUGAAGAAAAAUCCUUGGAUACCUCAUGUAGCUGUAGUCAAUCCGAGGAUUUCGAAGAGAUUUUAAUGUCGUCCAGAGAUGUUUUAGGGAACAAUCCAGCCUUCUCUUCUUGCGAGAGCCCUUUUCAUUUCGUGCUCCAAAAAAACCCUUCUUUUGGGCACCGGACACCCCUCUUCUCUUCCCCGGGGACGUCCCCCGAAAAACAGGACGAGGCAAAUCACGAAGUAGAGAGAUUGAAGAAACUGCAAGUAGAAGAGGAUGAUGAAGAGAAAGAACAAUGCAGUCCAGUAUCUGUGCUGGACCCUCGGUUCGAGAACGAUGACGACGAUAGACACGUGAAUGACUGUGAUGAAAACGAUGGUUUCGAUCUUGAAUGCAGCUAUGCGGUCGUACAAAGAGCAAAGCAGCAGCUACUGCACAAACUUCGUAGAUUCGAGAAACUGGCUGGAUUGGAUCCGAUUGAGCUCGAGAAGAUAAUGUUAGAAGAAGAUCAAGAUGACGAUAACGGUGGAAUUUGCAUCGUUGAAGAAGAGGAAUCCGGAAAUGAAUCUAUUUCAUCCGAUGUUGAAACGAAUGUUGUUGGCUUUCUCCAAGUUCUUAACUCAAGCUUCCGCAAUCCGAGACAUGUCCCGGAAGGAAUGAAAAGGCUGGUAACCGAUCUCAUCGCCGAGGAAGAGACAGAACAAAGCGGCAACGUCGAUAGACAAGCGGCAAUCAAAAGGGUUUGCCAGAGGCUGGAGUCAUGGAAGGAGGUGGAAUCAAACACCUUUGACAUGAUGGUGGAACAAGAUUUGAGAAAAGAGCUGGAUUGUUGGAAAAGACAUCAAGUGCAAAUGAGAGAGAUGUCAUUAGAAGUCGAACACACCAUCUUCGGAUUACUGAUGAAAGAAAUAUCGGAAGAGCUAGUUUCGUUAACCAGAGCUUGAUCGGGAACAUACUUUGAAGCUGUUACGAUGAUGCCGAGCACAGCCUGACUUGCUCGUUAAGUAAUAGAACUAAUUAGAAAGAUGUAAUGGUGAAAGGAGGGCAUCAUGUAUAUGCAAUCAUGUAUUUAGAGAGGGUUCAAUGGUGUCUAGAUGGUGGCAUUAAUGA